UCACUGACGCGGUCACUGAUGCCUGGUUGGCGGUUGCCCUGUUUGUCCGUUGUCGCGAAAAGCCUCGCAGCAUUGCUUGCUUGCUUCCUUAAUUUUCCUCUAUCUAUGUAUAUAAAAUUAUAAAUUAAAAUCACUUGGUUCCAAUUCCACUAUCGACGCACUCAAUCGACUAAUUUCGUCCGAGGGCCAGGCAUUUGACGAUUCCCAUAAUAUACACAUCAUCACUGAUGGACUAUCAUUUAUCUAUCAGCCAAUAAAUAGUCUGAUUAAUAACUGCAAGAUGAGCUCUCAGAACUACGACUGUGUGUGCAUGAUGCACUUGAAGGCAUUUCAAAUGUACUACCCUGAAAAAUUUGACAGCUUGAAGUUUGCAAAAAUUAUAAGUCCUGUGUGGCGCAACCGAGUCAGUCAUUACAAAAACUACGGAACUCAAAUUAGGUACAACAAUGUGAUCUCUGAUUUCCCAUGGGUCAAUUUUAAGGAGAGCAGUGAAGGAAUUGAUCAAGAACCCAACAAGAAUGGGCUGCUGAAAAAACUGCUGAUGACAUCUACUGGUGAUCAAGAUGUCAAUCUAUAUUCGCUGCUUGAAGUUUCAGCACCAGAAUACUUGGAUCCGUUUUAUUACGAUGGACGGUGUAGUGUGAUGCAUGGAGGCAAAGACGCAAAAAUUGAUUUAAUACAUGCAACAAUGACAGGAACACGACUUGUAUUUGACCACGAGACCACAGGACUUGACUUUUGGAAGUCAAUCAAGUCAAAUACUGAAUGUAACAAUUGUUCUGAUGACCCAGAUAUGCUCUGCAAAGGAAUGUUUAUCAAAGAGUGCCACGCUUUGCUUAGCUAUGAAUGCAAUGAGAGGAAAAGCCUUAAAUACUCUGAUAAAUAUCAUCCUGAAGACUUCUUGUUCUGCAAAGGAGUCCUGUGGCAGCUCCAUGUCAACCCUGCCAUGCUAAAUCAGUGGUUGAUGGCCGCCCUCCAUGUUAUCAUGCAAUUUGAAAAACAAACGUCGAUGUUGCGGUAUAUGCCAGUGCCUCUGCAAAUGGAGGAAGUCGUCAAGGAAUUGCUGGUGUUCCUGAGGGACUUGAGGAAAAGAAUCAGUUAUGGAUUUCUUCUGAUUGGCUAUCAAGUUAAAAUUCAUCCUGAGAAAGAUAAACAAGUAAACAUGCUAAUAAGAGAAGAUAUUGUUCCCCAGUCAUUAGCAUCACUGAAACUUUUGCUGAACGAUGAAAAGAUCCAAAAUUUUAUUCUAAAAUUGCCACAUGCCAUCUUAGCUGCAAGAAAAAAAGGAACGUUUGGGAAAGAUGUUUAUAUGAAUGCCAAAAAUUUCACUGUUUCGGAUGAAGUUGACAAGUUUGAUAACAUUUUCUCCUUCAAGUUUUGGACUGGAGCUAGAGAAAAUCUUUUUGGUACGCUCAAGACGGAAAUCGAUGAUCUUAAGUCAAAGAUUAACAAGAGUGAAACUCACGCGAGUGUAGAAAAUGUGUUAUUGAUCGAGGAAUCCAAUGACGAUGUUCUUGAUGCCCUGAAAAUGCACUUUCCUGACCCAGUGUGCAGUAAAGCAAACAUAGACAAGCUGAACAAGGAUUUGUGUACUGACCAAAGUAGACUGUAUACAAAAAGUUGCCUGUUUUCUUUGCUGCUUGAGGAACACCGGACCAUUGUUUCGCACCUUUUUGCAAAAUGUCUCACUGAUGAGGAUUAUCUCCAUUUCAAAAUGACUGAAACAGAACUCAAUGAAUUCAUCAAUCUCAAACAAGGCUUUGAAGGACAGAAACUACUAGACAUAGCCAGAGAUAAAUAUAUUGAAGAGUGGGAUGGCAAACGUUUUCCAGUAGACAUACUCUAUAUUCGUGAAUCACCUUCCAAUCCACGUGAGGGGAUCUUGCAGGAGUUGCGAAGCCAAAUUUUGAUGGACGUUGACGAAACAAGCGAAUUGUAUCCAUCUUGGGGUUUUGUGUUCAACAUUCUGCCAUUCCUCAAUCUUUCCCUCUCUAAAUGCGGUGAUGGUGGACUGAAGGAUAAGUUUACAGAUGCAUGCGGCAAAGCAUUAGUAAAAGUAUUUCGGGGUGAUAGAGUGGCUUGGAAACUGCAUCCAGAGGACGCAAUGGAAAACAGCAAAUGGUUUAUAAAUUCACUCCUACAACCAAAAAAGGUGCUAAUACAGAAAUUAAAAGCAAUUAGUUACUUUGUGUCGCAUUUAAACCCAUUGAUUGCAAAUGUUUUGGCUCCAAUCUCAAUGUUUGCUUAUUUGCUUGUUAACACAACACUCAGCCAUGCAAAAGAAAAUGAUAUUUCGGACUGUCCAUGCAAAAAUAUUAUGGUUGUAGAAAUCAUUAAAAUAUCUUUCCCUUGGGCAAUGAAAGUUGCAAGUUGGCUAAACGCAAUGAUGUUUUCUGUCGUUCAAGCUACUGUUGAAUGUGUCAAAACACCAAACUCUGGAAAACUGAAAAGUUUGCUACUGACACUGAGUUCAGUGAUUGAGCUUGUUAUUCUGUACUAUGAUGAGAAGACUCCGGGACUAAGUAGACUUUAUGAAGAUUUCACAAAGAAAGUUGAUACACUCAAAGAUGCCUACCUCGAACUGAUUGGAACCUCAAGACAAUCAUCAAAAGGCAAAACCACCAUCACUGGAUGGCAAAAAUUGGGGGUGCUCCUUUUCCUGAUCUACGAAAUCAGGAAGUUGAUGUCAAUCCCGGCAGGCUACAACCCACCAUCGUACUACCCUAGAGAUGCAAAGCUCGCCCUCAAAUAUUUUGCAGCGAAAGAUCUAAAGAAAUUCAAAAGGACAAUCAUCCCAAUGUGUGUUGACUCCAACCGCCAGAACUUGACUUUGGUGACUUUUGAUGACAUCAAAAAUUCAAGAAACCUAUUUGAUCCGUACCUCUCAAAGAUGAGGAGGGAAAAAAUUAGAAGUUGGGACGAAGACCUGCUACUUCUGGUGAAGCAUUGCCGUUAUUGCGGAAAAGUGGGUGGGAAUUUGCAAAUGUGCAGCGCUUGUGUUGAUAACGACGAUUUCCCUGAUGUCAACUGGUUCUGUGGAGAAGCGUGCGAGGAAAAAGCUUUCAAACACUGCAGACAUGGAGACGAGCAUGAAGAUUUCAUUUUAAGUAGGAUUAAAAUUUGAUCUCCUUUUUUAUUGUAUUCAUAAAUAAUGGGGGCGCCUCAAGCGUCAACUCCGCCGAAAAGAACUAGCCCAUGGACCUAAUAAAUUAGUAAAUUAAUGAACUAGCCCGCAAUGGAAUUUGCAAAAGAAAGCCAAAAAGCAAGAAGUCUGAAUCGACAAAAUUAUUACUAGCCAGAAUUUUUAGAGUGAAUAAGACGGAAUUUGCGACGAUAUAUUAUAUUUUUGGAAAUAAAAAUGAUAAUUAUUUUUUUAA